AUGACCAAGGCCGGCCCGGCGGGACUCAUGCUGGAACUGUUACUAGCGCGGUAUGGCUUGAGCGACGAGUCCUUGUUGUGCAUCGAUUCCAAGCCCAGUACAUUGAAAUCGGGCCAAGCAGAUGGCGUGCAGCCCCGGACUCUAGAGGUCUUUAAGACACUUGGAAUAUCCGAUGAAAUUGAAAACGAAGCAUGCCAGAUGUGGCAGUUCGCUUUCUGGAAGACAUCCGAGGACAAGACCAAAGUCAUCGAAAGAAAGAACGUUGUGCCGGAAGUGAUUCCGCCUGCGCGUUUCCGCUACGAGGCUACUAUACACCAGGGGCGCAUUGAGCGAAUCCUGGAGACGGACCUCCUUCGCUAUUCGAAGAGAGGAGUGCAAAGAGAGACGAAGCUGCUGCACGUGCAGAUCGAUGAAAGCGACAAGGAGUUUCCUGUGCUGGCAGGAAUUGAAACUAAGGGUGUGAAGCGGACUAUCCGGACAAAACACUUGGUUGGGGCUGACGGUGCGCACUCCGUGGUCCGUCAGUGCAUGGGCUUGAAGCUGGAGGGCCAGUCUCUUGACCACAUCUGGGGCGUCGUGGACCUAGUUGUAGACACCAACUUCCCUGACAUCCGGCGACGAUGUGCUAUUCAUUCACCUGCCGGGUCCGUGAUGGUUAUUCCGCGCGAGAGAAUUGCCACUGGUGAAUAUCUGACGCGUCUCUACGUCCUUGUACCGGGUGCAGUCCGUCCUGAUGGGAAUGAUGUGGCUGCACCGGGCGUCCCCACGGACGAUGCCAGAGUGCGAAGAAGCAAGGUUACACUGGAGGGAAUCCUCGAGCAGGCCCAAGACGCCUUCAAGCCCUACUACCUCCGCCCCAAGAGGGAAGACGCAGUUGAUUGGUGGGCGGCGUACCAGAUCGGCCAGCGGAUAUCGCCUGAAUUUAUUGUCAAAGAUUCUACUGGUGUCGGGCGGGUGUUUAUCGCGGGUGACGCAUGCCACACCCAUAGCCCCAAAGCUGGCCAGGGAAUGAAUGUCUCCAUGAUGGAUUCGUAUAACUUGGCCUGGAAGCUGGCAUACCACCUCAACGGCCUGACGCCUGCCCCCUCGGACCCAGCUGUACCCAACCCCUUGCUGGACACUUACCAGAUUGAACGUCAAGCAAAUGCGCAACAACUGAUUGAUUUUGACCGCAAGUUCUCUACCAUCUUUUUGGGCCAAGUGGACACUGCGGAUUCUGGAUUGUCCCACGCCGAGUUCGUUCAAACCUUCAACACCGGCAAUGGCUUCACUAGUGGAUGUGGCGUGGAGUAUAACCCCAGCAUGAUCGUGGCUAGGGAAUUCCCACCCGGAUCGUCGGACCCCAUCCAGGGGACUGACUACUUGGCUGGAGUCCUUCGUCCAGGUCGCAGACUUUUGAACGUCAAGUUGAUGCGACACGCCGAUGGCCGGCACCGCGAUAUCCAAGACGAUCUAGAGUCGACCGGAAGAUUUCGCGUUCUUUGCCUUACCUCCUCCGACCUCCUUGAUCCAUCUGGCGCAUCGGCAAAUGCUCUAGAUGGCGUGGUCACGAUGAUAGAGCGUUUCCCAAAAUCGCUCAUCGAGCUGAUCAUUGUCCAUCCGCGCGUUGGAAAGCCCUUCGAAUGGGAUGAUAUUCCUGCUGUUGUGAAACAGCAUGCUGAGAUGCGCUUCUACAACGGGUAUGAUCUGGAGGACGCGUAUGGGAUCUAUGGCGUUGAUCCGAGCAAGGGGGCGCUUGCUGUGAUACGACCGGACGGGUAUGUCGGGGUUAUCGCUGAGCUUGGAGAUGUCGCUCGCGUAGAGACCUACUUGCGGCUGUGUGUCCGGACUGCCUGA